AUGAAAUCCAAGAAUUUACCUUAUUACUUUGGUGCAAUUAUAACUGGUCUAUUAAGUUCCAGUUGUUGUAUAAUUCAGCUUAUAUUAAACAUGUUUUCGGUAGGAUGUGCUGGUUUCAGUAUAUUAACUCCAUUUCGCUCAAUAUUUCUAAGUUUUACCGUAAUCUUCUUUCUCCUUACCAUAAAAAAAUUUGGAAUUAAAUCCAAACAAACUAUCAAUACCCUCAUAAUUUCAUUAUUAUUAUGUUUCUCUCCCGAAUUUGUUUCAUUUUACAAUGAAGGAAACAUAAAAUUAAUCAAUGUAAAUACUGUACCCGAAAAAGAAAUCUUUAUACUAGAAAUUCGGGGAAUCGGUUGUGAAGGUUGUGCAAAUAAGAUCAAGAAAUUUUUAGAUUCAAGACCAAAUGUAAUUGAUUCAAAAUUAUUUUUUAAUAACAAAUCAGCAGUUGUAAGUGUUAUACCUGGAAUAUAUAAAGCUUCGGAUUUAGAAAGUUGGAUUAAAGUGGUGGAUUUGAAAUAUGAAGGGAAAGUUAUUCAACAAUUCAACAUACAAUAUUAA